AUGGCAGCUUGGUUGAAGGUCUCCUGUGCGUGCCUUGGGCUGAUCCUCUCUGUGAGGGCAGAUGAAUCCCUGUUCGGAGAGUGUGAGACGCUCGACGCGGAUUGCGCGCUGGUGGCGCUGCAGAACUCAGCCAGGAAGCUGCAAACUGCACAGGACCCAAGUGUGAAGAUCCGCCUGAAGAAACUCCCUCGCCUGAAGUCGCGCCGCGAGCCGAGAGAUGUGGCCACGAGUGGGAUGACGGGAGCAGCUUGGUCCGACUUCGCGGUGGAGGUGAAGAUCGGCACUCAGAGCUUCCCCGUGGUGGUGGACACUGGUUCUUCGACCUUCGCAGUUCCUGACCGGCCCCUCUCGAGUUGUAGCGAGUACUACACCGGAGGCUGCCAAGGCCGGCAUCUUCAAGCCCGUUACGGAAGCGCCAAUUGGUCGGGCUACGUGUGCCAGGGCCCGGAGGUGCGGGUGGCAGGCCUAUCCGCUGGAUAUCCGAUGUUCGCCGGAAUUUACGAGCAGAGCAACUUCCUCACGGAAUGCUCCUCCAUCCCGGGCGGCUUUGUCUCGAGCGGCAUCAUUGGCAUGGCGUAUCCUGCGCUUCUGCCUAGAGGCCUUCAACGAUCUCUAUGGGACGACGUGGUGGCCACGAGUGGCGUGCGGAAUAUCUUCGCCAUGCAGUGUUGCCCUUGGGAUGGGCUCAGCGCGGGCAGCGGCAGCCUGACACUGGGGGGCUACGACCAGCAGACGUAUUCAGAGGAGGACCUCGCGCACACCCCGAUCACCAUGGAGAGGUGGUUCUGUGUCCACGUGCAGACGAUCUUCCUGGACGGCUUCGAGACAUCGCUGGGGGCCGGGCCGGGGCCGGAGCUUCCGGAGGCCGGGCGAGCCGUGGCCGAACGCCGAAUGCGCCGUCGCCUGGCGGUGCUGGUGGUCGGUGCUCUGCUGGCGUCCCCCUUUCCGAGCCUCGGCUUUCCGGGCGCUCGAAGCGAAGUCGAGAAGGUUCUGCCCGGUGGCUCGGACCAGGGUGAGCCGGGGGUUAUGCCCAUGCGCGGAAAGACCUUCGUGGCCCUGGGUGGCGCGAGGGUGGAAGCGCUUUGGGAAGAAGAUCUCAAGUGGUACCCGGCCACCAUCGCCAAGGACUUUGGCAACGGCACGUUUCAGGUCCGCUGGGACGACCCGGAUGGCUGGCCUGACCUCUCCAACUGCGAAGAAGAAGACCUGCGACGCAUCCGGCUGUCCUACAAGCCAGGAGAUUUGGUCAUGGCUUUCUUCGAAGACACCUACGAGUGGUACAACGCCACCGUCCUGCAGGACCUCGGGCGCGACCGCUUCGAGGUGCGGUGGGAUGAUCCGGACGGGGGCCCAGAGGUGUCGAGGCUCUGCGCGGAGGAGCUGCGGCUGGUGGAGAUCGAGGAUGAUUAUGCCGCGGGAGAUUCGGUGGAGGCAUUGUAUUCUGAUGACCUGACCUGGUACUCCGGGGUGGUGCAGGAUUCGCGGAAUGGAGCCUAUGUGGUUCGCUGGGACGACCCUGAUGGUGGCCCAAAGUUCAGCCUUUGCCGACCGAGGUACAUGAAACACCUGCGGCCCUUCGCGGACUACCAGGUCGGUGAUCGCGUGGAUGCACGAUGCCCCAGUGGAGAGAUCGUGACCGGCGUCGUGGGCGAAGUCAACGAAGACGGAACCUUCCAAGUGCAGCGAGAGGGCACCUGCCAGGGGCUGAGGUUUCGAUCAGAGGACCUGAAGGGCAUCUUCCGGGACUACUCCGUGGGCGCCAGGGUCGAAGCUCUCUACAGCUGGGAGUGGCACACUGGCGUGGUGAGGCGGAAGCUCGAGUUCGGGGCGUUUCUGAUCCGUUGGGACUACCCAGCUCGGACUGGCCCGAGGAUGUCCAUGUGCACCCCGGAAGAAAUGUCGCUGCUGGAAGAAGAAGAUGACAUGGAGGACUGGUUUGAGGAGACGGACAUAGAGCGAGAGCCGUCAGCCGGAGCCAGCCUGCCAAGACCUGCGUGUCCUCGUGCAGAGAUCGAGGCGCGGUGCACAUCUCUGGACCUCGAGGUGAAGCCCAGAGCUGAAUCUCAGCCGCCCGAGGUUCAGAGUCUUCGCAUCCACUCGCCGCAGCUCGCAGCCCGGGGCGCGCAGUGGCAGGUGCCCACGAGGCCUCACCUCACGCUGAGUCCGCGGCAGCGGGGGCAUCGGAGGAAUUGGCGCGCAGGGCACAUGUCCAGACUGCUGGGCUCCACCGUCAAGCGCACAGUGCCGGGCCGUCGCCUGGUGCACGGCGCGGAAAAACGCUUCAUGCUCGGAGCCGCUUGGCCGGGGCCUGAGCGAAUGAACAUGUUGGGCUGGAAGCAUGGGGAAGCUGAGGAUGCCGCGGAAAGCGGCCUUUCAGGGCCCGAAAAGAGCAACCUGAAGGAUCUCCGCAAGGCCACGGCCUGGGACCGAAUGGAGUCCGUGUGCGACACGGAGUCCCUGACCUGCCGCUGCGAGGCGGGGAAGUGCAACCACUUGGGGAAGUGCAGAGAAUCGCCUUCUCUCCUCGCCUCUGGCAACCGCACUGUCAACGAGUCGCGCCCAUUCAGCCCGAGUGUGCAUCCAGACCGGAAGCAGGAGUGGAACAUCGGAGACUGGUUCAAGAACAUCUUCUCGCGGCGAAGGUCGCUUUCGAGCAGGUGCAGCGGGAUCGUGGACAGCGGCACCUCCUCGAUCGUCAUGCCGAAGGAUGUGCACGAGCAGGUUCUGGACGCGCUGAACCAGGUGGCCUCCGCCCGGCGGCUCCGGAGCUCCUGCCUCUCGGAGCUUGAGCUGGAGUACUUCCCGGAUAUGAUUGUGCGUUUGGAUUCCGUCUCCGAUGAGACCAUCGAGCUCCGCAUCCCGGCCAAGCAGUACUUCCAGCUAGAUCCUGGUGCUACCUGCCGCAGCCUCUACCUCAGGUCCUCCCACACGCUGAACUCGGGCCUGGGCGAGAUCCCGGGCUUCAUCCUGGGCCAGCCGCUGCUGGAGACCUAUUACACGGUCUUUGACAAGGAGAAGAAGCGAAUCGGCUUCGCGCCGCUGAAGGGGUGCUGA